UUUCUUUGCAGUGUCACUGAAGCUACGCAGAUACUCUGCAACCAUGGCUGCUACUGGAUCGUUCCGUGUGGUGUCAGAGGAGGAGCAGGCCAUGCGCGCCAAGCUGGAGCAUUUGACAGUGAAGGAUCAUGGGCCAGUGUUUGGACCAUGCCACAAACUGCCUGGCCACACUCUGCAAAAGGCAAAGGAUGAACUGAGUGAGACAGAGGAGAGGAGGACGUCGUCAUUGAAGGACCUGCGGGCCAUGAUGAAGGAAAGAGCAGCAGAAGGAGACGACCUGGCCAAACUGAUGCUGCAGCGCUUUGGGGACAAACCGGACUCUCUGCUGCUGCGCUUCCUCAGGGCCCGCAAGUUUGACGUGGUCAGGGCCCACGAGCUCAUGAGAGGUUACGUGCGCUUCAGGAGGGAUUACCCUGAGCUGUUUGAGAACCUGACGCCUGAGGCGGUGCGCAGCACCAUCGAGGCAGGAUAUCCCGUGGUCCUGCCCAGCAGAGACAAGUAUGGCCGCGUGGUCCUGCUCUUCAACAUCGAGAACUGGGACCUGGAGGAGAUCACAUUCGAUGAGAUCUUGAGAGCAUACUGUGUGAUCUUGGAGAAGUUGCUGGAGAACGAAGAGACCCAGAUCAACGGUUUUGUGCUGAUAGAGAACUUCAGGGGCUUCACCAUGCAGCACGCCUCAGGAAUAAAGCCGACGGAGCUCAAGAAGAUGGUGGACAUGUUGCAGGACUCCUUCCCCGCCCGCUUCAAAGCAGUACACGUGACUCACCAGCCGUGGUAUUUCACAACCACCUACAACGUGGUCAAACCCUUCAUGAAGAGCAAACUGCUGGAGAGGGUCUUUGUUCACGGUGAUGAGCUGGAUAACUACUUAAAAGAGUUUGACGCCGACAUCCUGCCGGCAGAUUUCGACGGAAAGUCCUCUGUCGCUGACUGCAAGGCCAUCGCCAACAAGCUUUUUGGCUCCGAGGACACUGCUCUCUGAAAAAUAACAUCCCAUUUUUGAACACAAGACUUAGAGUGUCCUUCACCCUAAAUGCUUCUUUUGUGAUCAGAACUCAUAUGUGGUCUAUUUUGAAGCUAGGUUAAUGUAUGUUUGGUUUUUUUAAUCGUUGUUUUGUCAAGGCAGUUUCUGUGAGCAAAAAGAAUCUAGUACUAGAGUUUUAAAUAAGAGUAACAUAAAAAGUGUUUAGAUUAUGUAAGGGUAACUUUUUUUUUCCUUAGUUCCGAGAGUUUUUGCUCCACCUCUGCCUGCACAAACGAACGGAGGGUGACAGUCACAGAGCAGCCAAUGUAACAGUUAAGCUGGUGGAGUUUUUGCCUUAUAAAUUAACUUCACAAAGUGCAGAACAGCCUUGUAAGUGUCGUCCUGUCAGAUCAAAGUGCACAAGAGUGUCACAGAGCAUUUUGGGGAGGUAUGAAGAGGGAGAAGUGAUGAUGAUGACGAUGGUUAAACCUGAAUUAGAUUUGAAUGUUUUAGUAGCAGAGGCCUUCCAAUUCAGUGCCAUUACACUUUACCUCAACAGCCUUUGUUUGUGUUUAUACACAUCUGUAUUGAGACCCAAUUGAGACAUUUUCAAUAAAACUGAAUUUUUUGUUUUAUAAGAAUCA